AUGAUCUUCUCCGUUCAUAUUUUGGCUCUGCUAUUUCUAACCCUAUAUAAUAUUUCUGCAGCUACAAUUGAACACGAUUUUUCUCCUAAAGUUCCUGCGAAAACAACAGAUCAAACUGAGGAAGUGACUCUAGAGUAUUUCAUAAAAGGAACUUUUACUGAAGUAAGCUUCGCCGGACGGAGUACGAUGCAUUUGGCAUCCCUUGUUAGAGAUAAAAAAUCUCUUGAUCAAAAUCAAAUAUACGCACUAAAAUCUAUCAAAAUGACGAAAUCUGAGAAAGAAAAGCUAAUGAGUGUAAUAACGGGAGAUUUUCUGAUUAAAGAGAUUCCGGAAAAUUACAAAUCAGCUUUUAUUGAAAGGGAAUUUUCGAUUCAAAAGAACCUUAUAUAUCAAAGUAUUGUUCGUGCUUAUUAUAAAACUGACAAUAUGAUAUUUAUGGAAUAUGUAGAAGGUUACGAUUUAUUGAGUAAGCCUCAAUCUUGGAGAGAAAAGUCAAAGAUCUUUGCGUAUAUUUUCAAAAAAAUUGCUGAGGGUGUUAAAUUUAUGCAUGACAAAGGCGUUGUGCAUGGGGAUUUGAAGCCUGAUAAUAUUUUGGUAUCAAAAGAAGGGGAUGUUAAAAUCGCAGAUUUUGGUGGCGCUGUGGAGAUCAAAAGAGCUAAUGAAAAAGGAGCUGGAGAAACAGAAGGAACUGAUUUGGGCGAAAAGCCAUAUUCAAAGGAAGAGUAUCUUUUUGUGUUUACCAAACAAUAUGUUGCGCCAGAGCUUAUCAACUCAGAAUCUGUGGAGCCAAAGGUAAUGAAAAAAAUACUUAUCCAGAAAAAAAAGGUUACACAAGCAUGGAUUGGGCUAACCCCACACCAGUUGAAGUUUAAUUUUAACCCUAUUUUUCCCACCAAAAAAUCUGAUGUCUUUUCUUUUGCAGCUACUGUUGUUAGUUUCUUUGUAACUAAAGAUGGAGCCAGAUACGACCGUAAUUAUUUUGCUUUUAAAAGUAAUGUACAAAGGCUUAAAAACUAUAAGGAUAUCUUGAGGUCUAUAAAAAAAAUUGAUCCCAAGUUGGCCAACAUCAUUGAUCAGGCUCUUGAUCCACUUCCUAAGAACAGACCUACUAUUGAAGGAGUGCUCGAAUGUCUCGAAAAGGUACCUUGUUGCACCAAAGAUGAAUUCAAAGGCUUUGCUAAAAAAAAUGUUAAAGAGCUUGAAUUGAGUCCCUACGUAGAAAAAGAGUAA